GGAAACCGAGCCAGGUGAAAUUCGACGAAACACUGUGGCAUCAAACUACGUAUAUCGUGGUUACCAGGUUGCGUUAUUUGUCUGGACCGAUCCGCUUCCGAUAUUGCCCAAGUUCGAACCCACCCUCCCGACUCGAUACGUUGAGAUGCGCGCGUAUUUCCCCUCUCUAGAAAACUUUCGGCAACUCUUUCACUGGCCUCCACCAGACAGAGACUUCGACUCCCGAGAAGACAUCGUGUUCCAUUGCGAAGAAAUCGUGAUGCUACAGCGACAGAUACCAAAAGCGAGGCAGUAUGGUGGGAAAUCGUCAAGGCAAGGUCGCGAGAUUUCGGGAGCUAUUGAUGCUCCUGGGCGCCGUAUUGCUGCAGUCACAGAUAUGGAGAGCUUUGAUGGGCCUGAUAGGUCGCACCCUUGGUACCUCAGAGGCCCAACGCAAGAGGGUCGAUAUCACUGCCCCGAUGAAGAAUGUAGUGAACAUCUGCCCACAUAUUCCACCGCUUCUUACCAGAUGUACAUUGACUACCACACGAAACCUUACAGAUGCCGUAUACGCGGUUGUAACAUCAGGUUCAUGUACAGAGAAAGCCGCAGAACGCAUGAAAAAGUUUCUUCACAUAUGGACGCGCUCGACUGUCGUGCCAUUCGGUCGUAGACGCCGGCGGUGUGGGAAUAAUCAAAUUGCAAGUCAGGCACUUGCUUGCCGUCUGUGAAGUACAUCAGGUUGGGCAAGCGUGCUGUCUGUCGCUUUUGCUCGCGUACUGGGGUAAUACUUCUCACACAGAUGAAGAAAGACUUCUCAUAAUCGUACAACAAUUGCAUUCGGGGUGAGAGGAAUCGAUUCUUUGUGGAGAGGGCAAAAGCUCUGUAGUCUCACAAAGCCUGCAAAUGAACGGUAAGGCUCUCUAUCUGAUGAGCAACGGUCAGACAACAGCUUAAUUUUGGUCGACCCUAGGAGUUGAGACUCGGU